UAACAUUAGCUGACAUGGAAACCAAACAGGGCACAAGUAAUAGAGACAUAGCAUAAUCCGUGUCGCCAAGGCAGUGGAAAGGAAGACAGAAACCCAAAUCUUGGGAGAUCUCAUACUUAAGGAGGGCACUUGUUUGAUCUGAAUGAAACCAAAUGCUGGCGGCUCCUUCUCUUUAAAAGUCUCAUCUCCGACCACCCCGCCUUUUCCAGCCCCGGGGGAGGGAGUCUUUAAUAAUGGACGGUGUAAACUGAUGCUCCGGCAGUAAGAGUCUGGAGAAGCGCUGCUUGACCAGAAAUCAAACAGAGCAGCUUCGUCUGAAUGAAAGGCAGCCCCUGAAGUGUAACAGAAGUUUUCUCCGACUCAAGGGGAGGGGGGGACCCGCGGGAAAAUGUCUCUCCUCGCCAAAAUCUUGAAAAUGGAUUGCAAGCAGGUGCUUGAGCCUCAAAGGAGCUGCGUUUAUGGUGUUAUUUUUGUCAGUAUGCUUCACCAGCUGCCCAAACUUUCGGGCAGCCCGUCCCUGGAGGUGCAGAGCCCUACAGCUGCAACAGCAGAGGACAAAGGAGAGGAGGAGAUGAUGAUGGCAGCUUCAGAGGGCGCUGGGGGAUUCCUCCACCCCAGCCCGCAUCCAAGCCACCAAAGGGUAAAAAGCCUGAAAGAAAUGCCGGGACCCAAGACCCUAUCCAACCUGGUCGAGUUUUUCUGGAAGGAUGGUUUUAGUCGCAUUCAUGAAAUCCAGCAGAAGCAUGUUCAAGAAUACGGGAAAAUUUUCAAGUCGCAUUUUGGUCCCAAACUAGUUGUAUCCAUUGCAGAUCGAGACAUGGUGGCUCAGGUUCUCCGGGAAGAAGGACCUUCACCACAACGAGCUGACAUGGAUUCCUGGCAAGAAUACAGGAAUUUACGAGGGAGAGCUACAGGACUUAUAUCUGCAGAAGGGGAACAGUGGCUAAAAAUGAGGCGUGUCCUAAGGCAAAAAAUGGUGAAACCCAAAGAUGUCGCCAUUUUCUCUGAAGGAGUUUCUGAAGUUGUUGCUGAUUUAAUUAAGAGAAUCUACAUUCUGAGAAAUCAAGAAGAAGAUGGGGAAACUGUGACAAAUGUUAACAGCCUUUUUUUCAAGUAUUCAAUGGAAGGUGUGGCAACUGUUCUCUAUGAGUGCCGCUUGGGGUGCCUGGAAAGCCAUAUCCCUCAGAGUACAGUGGAAUACAUUGAAGCACUGGAGUUAAUGUUCAGCAGUUUCAAAACUACCAUGUACGCAGGAGCUAUUCCCAAAUGGCUUCGCCCAAUUAUUCCAAAACCUUGGAAAGAAUUCUGUAAAUCAUGGGAUGGACUGUUUAAAUUUAGUCAAAUUCAUGUCGACAAUAAAUUAAAUGACAUAAAGUCCCAUUUAGACCGAGGAGAAGUAGUCGAUGGUGGACUUCUCACAACUCUGCUUAAGAGUGAAGAACUCACAGUGGAAGAAAUCUAUGCCAAUAUGACUGAAAUGCUUUUGGCAGGGGUUGAUACAACAUCAUUCACUUUAUCCUGGGCAACCUAUCUGUUAGCAAAGCACCCGGAAGUGCAGCAUUCUAUCUAUAAAGAGAUAGUCAGUAACCUGAGAAAGGACAAAGUACCUGAUGCACAUGAUAUCCCCAAUUUGCCAUUGAUUAGAGCGCUUCUCAAAGAAACGUUAAGGUUAUUUCCAGUAUUACCCGGAAAUGGUAGAGUAACCCAGAAAGAUAUGGUCAUUGGAGGAUAUUUGAUACCUAAAGGGACCCAGCUGGCACUAUGUCAUUAUGCUACUUCAUACCAAGAAGAGAAUUUCCCAUCAGCAAAUGAAUUCAUGCCAGAUCGCUGGCUAAGGAAAAGUAAUAUGGACAGAGUGGAUAAUUUUGGUUCUAUCCCAUUUGGUUAUGGCAUUCGGAGUUGUAUAGGAAAGCGAAUUGCUGAACUUGAAAUUCACCUUGCACUAAUACAGCUGCUUCGACAUUUUGAAAUAAAAAUUUCUCCGAAAACUAAAUCAGUUUGUGCCAAAACCCAUGGACUCCUGACUCCUGCAGACUCGAUCAAUGUGAAAUUUGCUGACAGGAAAUGAGAGAAGGAACUUCAGGAAAUUUCCAGCAUGACCUCUGACUGAAAGAUGGAGAAGAUUCUCUAAGCCAGUAACGUCUUUUUGUAAUCAAGCUUUUGAUGCCUACCUAGAAGUUUAUUCAUCUCCUCAAAUAUAUUUCACUGACCCACACAAAACAUUACAUAAACACAUAUUAAAAUCAUUCAUUUCCCAUUUUAUUUUAUUCUAUUUUAUUUUCUCCUUCUUUCUGCUAGAAAUAUAGUUUUGGGAGAGAUAGUAAAGGCAAUAGACAGAUACAUCAAAUCAAUAUCCUACCCUCUAAGCAGAUUUUUUUUUCAAAGAGAGAAAUUUAUAUACUUUGGCCUGGUAUCCUGUUCAGUAUUAACAUAUGCUCAACUCCAGCUGCAGAAGCUGCUGUAGUUAUUCAGCGAGGUGUUGGUUGCAUGAUACAGUUGUGCCACCAAAUCAGCUUCUGCAUCUGGAGUUCUGCAUGUAUAGAUAUUGAAGAGAAUGCUGACCAGCAUACAACUGCAUUCCUUUCCUACUUGUCUCCUGUUAUUAUGUGCCAUCAAGGUACUUCUGGCUUAUGACAGUUCUAUAAAUUAAGCAUCUCCAAAAGUGUUGACAACCCUGGUAAAGUCCUAGUUUCUCUAGUAGGAACUGAGGCACUAAUUUUAGCAAUCACAAAAUAUGGCUAAAUUCUAGCGAAUCCUGGACAUCUGUGGGGCAUCUCUUUCCAACCCGUUUCCCAUCAUUAGGCUAUUUGAGGUGAUAAGAAGUGUCAUGGCUAACAAGCAGAUAAGUAGGUAAACAGAUUACACCUUCAGGACAGCUUCGGUUAUCAUGCGCUAAUUAUAAACUCCUCUGAAAGAUAAAUGUUAUUUUAUGGGAUGCAGGAUGUACACCAAUUUGCAGUUUUACUUUCUUAUCUUCAUUGUCCUUCUGGGAAUCCUUACUUUGACACUGCUUCCUUUUCAAACGAUUUAACAGUAAUCCAUAAAAAUGUACCGUAGGGCAAUAGUUUGAGACAAAUAAUGCAGUCUACAGCCAUCUACAUUCAAAAAUUUGAAUGGUCUCCCCUGAAAAGCUUCUUUAAUCACAUACAAAAUGAACAUAAAGUUUACAUAUCACUGAGUCAUUCACUCAUGUAACAAUAAAUCUUUAUAUUUGUACAUUUUUUUUACAGUUGACAGCUUUCUUUGUAAAUAAAGGUUUUACUGUAAUAGCUUGACAUUCUUUUUUUUUAAUCUUGCAAAUGGAAAUUACUGCUUAAUGUAAUAUACAACUGAUUUUAGUGUGUGGGGGCUACUGCCCUCUCUGGGACAGAUACUAAAAUUACACGGUGCUUAUGUGUUUGAAGAAUGUGCACUUUGUAGUUGCUUAUUUAAGCAAUUUAUAUAGCCAAUGGCAACUAGAGAUGUUUAGGUUUGUGACAUUUGUUAUAGAUUUGCAAAGCAGCAAGUGACAUUUGCAAGAUAAUAUCUUUAAAAAAAACAAUGUCUUUUGAAGCUGUCAUAUGUUUUCCUCUAAACGCUUUGCUAAAAUGCUUGAACAUGCAUAUUUUAAGGUCAGUUUUGCUGUGGGCAUAGCAGAUGAAAUAAAUUAAUGCUGAAACACUUAUCUUAGAUAUUUCAGGAUGCUAAAAUGACUUAAUCUGUCAGUACUUUAAUCUCCACUUGCACUGAUUUUCCAAAGUUUAAGACGAUGUUCGGUUUUCUCAGGAACCCCUUUUGGCAUCUUUUCUUAUAGUCCAGGAGGAAAAGUUCUAGAGAAAAUCAAAACUCGUUCACCACCAGUACUUAAGGCUUAAGUAGUAAACACUUUACUUAAACAGGGAGGAAAAGCAGAGAUUCAUAGUCUGAAUUUUUAUGGACCUGCAUUUUGGACUGUUGCAUUAGAUGUCUUUUUAUUUGUUAUAAUAUUUUUACUAGUAUACAUUUAUAAAUUAAUAUUUCAUAUUUUAUAAACUAAAUUUAA